GGUGGAAACACCUGUAAUUAUUGUAUUUUUUUCAGUGAAAAACUAUAAAUUACCGUCGGGUUCGUAGAAAAUCUCAUAACCUGCUCGGACUCAAUAGCUGGAUUUAGCUUCUUCGGUUAAAGGGACCCUAACAAAGUUAGCUCUUGUUUCCUGGCUGCAUUUCAACGAGGCGCAGGGUUAAAACAUGGUACCGCUUUGCAUUCACAUUGGAAUUCUAAUAGCUGCCUUCCUAAGUAAUCACGUAGAAGGAAAGAGGGAUCCUAUAUUAUACUGCGGAGCCUGCAGGGCAUUGGUAGAUGAGCUUCUAUAUGAAAUUAGAAAAGUGAACCCUAAGAAGACCGUCGAAGUAGGGUCAUUCAGGAUAAGCCCAGAUGGAACACAGGAGAAGACUAAGGUUCCUUUUGCAAAAUCUGAGCAGUACUUAACAGAAGUUUUGGAACAAAUAUGUGAAAAAAUGGACGAUUAUGGCCUCUACGCGGACCCCGAAACGCAAGAGAAGUCAUACAAAAGGUUUGCUCCAAGAGAUAACGAAGAGUUUGGUUCGUUAGAUUUCAAAAAUUUCCAGUUCAAUCCUGACGAGUCCGGUUCCUUAAAGUUUGCGUGCGAGCGUGUGGUAGAAGAACACGAAGAUGAGAUUUUUUCACUUAUUGCCCACGAGACAGACAAUCUUGCUGACAAGCUCUGCGCCGAAGAAGCAGGCCUAUGCAAAGAAGUUGCACACAGUGAAUUAUAGAAGGCGCAAUUAUACUAGGUCCUGUCACAAAUGUAAAGUAUUUUCUCUUUGUAAUGUUCAUAGCCGAUGUCAAAAUAUUUUAAAAACGUUUCUUUUCCCGUUUGUAGUUUUACUCCGAUCAGGCCGUUCCUCCUAUCCAAACCAACGAUAAAGCUCUGUGUCGAUAAUAGGUAUUGGUCUAUUUACACGUAUAAACCCUAAAAUUGGUCAGUUUUAUAAGAUGAGGGCUAUAUUUUCUGUAUUUGAAAUAAAAUAUUUUUUUUUCAAAUAA